AGCCAAUUUGUGCGAAUGCGACCCGCUUCACUGCCGGGAUCUGGUGACUAUUCUAUUCAAUUGGAGACACUCCAGUCUCCUGAUUUCAUUCUUAGGGCUUACAACCUAGUUAGUGUACAUACCGUCUCAUCCGGACAGCCUGAUUCUGAGAGCGAUGGAGAAACAGGUGAGAAUAUAAAUGUCCCAAAGGAACCCGUAGCUAUCUACACCUUUCCCUUUAAUGCUUGCCAACGUGACAGUCAGGCGAUGCGGAUGUGUUACUCCCAGCCACAGAAUACCUGGAGUUCCUGGGAGCCAACUCUUACACUUGAUUCAGCAGCCACCAAUAACAACGGUUCAGCAUUGUCUCCCACGGAACCUCCACUUCAAUUUGCUCUCUCACGAAAUCACAUUGGCUUUCGUGGGGUCGUUUGUACUAGUAGCCUCCCUAUUACGAGACCUGUUGCUUCAUCAGCUGAAGAUUCUGAAGGCAAUGAGGGUGAUAUGGACGACAUAGACGGAGAUUCUGGAGAUGAAACUCAUCAGCAGUUGACGCCCUCUCUCUUCCCUGGUUCCUACUUCGUGAUGGCUGGUCGGCUCUCCCAGUCAAUUCUUCCCCCAUCUCCGAAAGUCUCAGGUCUUUGGUUGUUGGAUCCCUUUUCACCACAAUCUUCUUCAGAUGUUCGUGAGCCCACUUUCGCUCUUCCUACCGACCUCGAUGGGCUUCUACACCGAGCAACUGCCGUUUGUGGUUCUGUAGCUCUUGCAAAUUGGACUGGCCUUCAAGCUGCUGGGAGCGGUUACCAGGAUUCAACUCCUGUCCACUCACACUUACUUGCCACUCCUCCAAUUAUGCGAUUCUCGCGCUCGUCAUCUUUGUCUUUAGAUAAUGAACUCUCUGAAGUUUCAGCGUCUACAGCAGCAGCUAUGAACCUCUUUGGAUUCCAUAACCUUCACGAUAGCAGGGGACACGGUGCUGGAAGCGAUUCCGACUAG